AUGUCCCAAUCACAGCUUGACAUCAAGGCGCUUCGAGCAAAGUUCCCGGCUCUUCGGCAAGACCAAGUCUUUCUCGACAAUGCUGGCGGGAGUCAGAUUCUAGGGGCUGCGGCUGACUCGAUACGAGACUACCUCAUCACCUCGAAUGUGCAGAUGGGUGCAUCAUAUGGCGUAGGCAAACUCUCAGCAACAAAAGUUGACAAGGGCUACGAAGCGGCUGCACGAUACAUCAAUGCACUGCCUGACGAAAUUGGUACCCUGAAUAUCCGGAAAGAAGUAUACGGUGCUUCUUCAACCCAAUUGUUACGCAACCUCGCACUGGCUCUCACCUUCGCUCAAGGUGAUGAGAUUAUCGUAUCAACUCUCGACCACGAGGCAAACAUCGCGCCAUGGCUAGAUCUGGCUGAGAGACAAGGGCUCAACAUCAAGUGGUGGACUCCAGAAGGCCAAGGCAACAACCCCAAGCUGACAGUCGAGAGCCUAAAGCCGCUCUUAUCCGACAGGACGAGAUUUCUUGCCUUGACUCAUUGCACUAACCUGCUUGGAUCAAUCCACGAUAUCAAGGCCAUCGCUGCAGCUGCUCAUGAGUAUCCAAAUGUUUUUGUUUGUGUCGAUGGGGUAGCUUACGCGCCUCACCGACCCAUCAAUGUCAAGGAUCUAGGCGUUGACUUCUAUUGUCUCUCAUGGUAUAAAGUCUUUGGCCCUCAUAUUGCAAUGCUGUACGGCAGCCGUGAGGCUCAGAAACAGCUUCGUCCCUUGGGCCACUACUUCAAUCCCGCUGAAAGUCUGUCCGACAAGGCUGGAUUCUCUGCAGGAAGCUAUGAGCUGAUAGCGAGUAUAUCUGUCGUGGUUGAUCAUCUUCUUGCUGAAAGCUGGGAGAAGAGUAUUCAGCAAGAGACAGAGAUUCAGAAAUUACUACUCGACUAUCUGUCCAAACGAGAAGACGCAACGAUCUACGGAGAACCGAGUUCGGAUGCCAGCAAGCGAUUGCCUAUUGUCAGCUUCACUAUCGACGGCUGGAACUCUCGAAGUGUCAUAGCAGCGAUCGAAGCUAACUCAAAUCUCGGGUUGAAGCAUGGCCACUUCUACUCUCAUCGUUUGGUAAAAGAGGUCCUCGAUCUUGAUACAACUGACGGCGUUGUUCGAGUGAGCAUGGCACAUUAUAAUACUCGCGAAGAAAUUCAGACCGUUAUAGAUACCUUACAGAACAUUAUUGUCAAGCGAUGACGUGGUAGGAAGAGUAGAAGAUGAAUAAAGAUACACGGACAAUACAAUAUGAUUGCCUUUGCUCAAGUAUUAUCCAGGCUUCCGACUCCAGGAUCUCGUCUCCACGCAGAGACAUCCCAUCCAAAAGGAACAGAGCCAGUUAGAUAACCCUCCGUCCUCGCGUCAUAGUCAUGACUUUCCUUAAGGCUAUCCUCAGGUGGAAACAGGCCAUUCGGGACCUCGUCCUCAGCCAUAUUAAACGGUGAGGCGAGGUGAUGAGC